CGUUUUGCAGUAUCUCCUGAGAAGUAAGACUCUGAGCCAGCAUGAAGACUGAGUCUUGCCUUUGGUCUGGUUUCCAGACCAUGCUUUUAUUCUAACAAUGUGCAAGGUGGAGGGUAGAGCAUGGAAACGAAAAUCUUACUUCCUGCCUGACAUAACUCACUUCAAGAAGUGCACAAUGUCAGAACGUGGAAUCAAGUGGGCGUGUGAAUACUGUACGUAUGAAAAUUGGCCAUCUGCAAUCAAGUGUACAAUGUGUCGUGCCCAGAGACCUAGUGGAACAAUUAUUACAGAAGAUCCAUUUAAAAGUGGUUCCAGUGAUGUUGGCAGAGACUGGGAUCCUUCUAGCACAGAAGGAGGAAGUAGUCCUUUGAUAUGUCCAGACUCUAGUGCGAGACCGAGGGUCAAGUCCACCUACAGCAUAGAAAAUGCAAACAAGUGGUCAUGCCACAUGUGCACAUACUUGAACUGGCCGAGGGCAAUCCGAUGUACCCAGUGCUUAUCCCAGCGCAGGACCAGGAGUCCCACAGAAUCGCCUCAAUCCUCAGGAUCUGGCUCGAGACCAGUUGCUUUUUCUGUUGAUCCUUGUGAGGAAUACAACGAUAGAAAUAAACUGAACACAAGGGCUCAGCACUGGACUUGUUCUGUUUGCACAUAUGAAAACUGGGACAAGGCUAAAAAAUGUGUUGUUUGUGAUCAUCCCAGACCUAAUAACAUUGAAGCAAUAGAACUGGCAGAGACUGAUGAGGCCUCCUCAAUAAUAAAUGAGCAGGACCGGGCGCGCUGGAGAGGAAGCUGCAGCAGUGGGAACAGCCAAAGAAGAUCGCCGCCGACGAUGAAGCGGGACUCUGAAAUGAAAAUGGAUUUUCAGAGAAUUGAGUUGGCUGGUGCUGUUGGCAGCAAGGAGGAACUUGAAGUAGACUUCAAAAAACUAAAGCAAAUUAAAAACAGGAUGAAAAAGACUGAUUGGCUAUUCCUCAAUGCUUGUGUGGGGGUUGUAGAAGGUGACUUAGCUGCUAUUGAAGCGUACAAGUCGUCUGGGGGAGACAUUGCACGGCAGCUGACAGCUGACGAGGUGCGCCUGCUGAACCGCCCUUCUGCCUUCGAUGUCGGCUACACGCUCGUGCACCUGGCCAUCCGCUUCCAGAGGCAGGACAUGCUGGCCAUACUGCUUACAGAGGUAUCUCAGCAAGCAGCGAAGUGUAUUCCCGCAAUGGUGUGUCCAGAACUGACGGAGCAGAUCCGGAGGGAGAUUGCUGCUUCUCUCCAUCAGAGAAAGGGCGAUUUUGCUUGCUAUUUUCUGACUGACCUUGUAACAUUCACGCUGCCAGCAGAUAUUGAAGAUUUGCCCCCAACUGUCCAAGAAAAAUUAUUUGAUGAGGUGCUUGAUAGAGAUGUGCAGAAAGAGUUAGAAGAAGAGUCUCCGAUCAUAAACUGGUCCCUGGAGUUGGCUUCCCGCUUGGACAGCAGACUGUAUGCACUUUGGAACCGCACAGCAGGAGACUGCUUACUUGACUCAGUACUGCAAGCCACGUGGGGCAUCUACGACAAGGACUCAGUGCUUCGGAAGGCCCUGCAUGACAGCCUGCAUGACUGUUCCCAUUGGUUUUAUACACGCUGGAAAGAUUGGGAGUCCUGGUAUUCGCAGAGCUUUGGUUUACAUUUUUCCCUGAGGGAAGAGCAGUGGCAAGAAGACUGGGCAUUCAUCCUCUCGCUUGCCAGUCAGCCUGGAGCAAGUUUGGAACAGACACACAUUUUUGUACUUGCACAUAUUCUUAGACGACCAAUCAUAGUUUAUGGCGUAAAAUAUUACAAGAGUUUCCGGGGUGAAACCUUAGGAUAUACCCGCUUUCAAGGUGUUUAUCUGCCUCUGUUGUGGGAACAGAGUUUUUGUUGGAAAAGUCCGAUUGCUCUGGGCUACACACGAGGCCACUUCUCUGCUUUGGUUGCCAUGGAAAAUGACGGCUAUGGCAAUCGAGGUGCUGGUGCUAACCUGAACACAGACGAUGACGUCACCAUCACGUUUCUGCCUCUGGUUGACAGUGAGAGGAAGUUACUCCACGUACACUUCCUGUCUGCUCAGGAGCUAGGUAACGAGGAACAGCGGGAAAAGCUGCUCCGACAGUGGCUGGACUGCUGCGUCACUGAAGGCGGGGUUCUCGUUGCCAUGCAGAAGAGCUCCUGCAGGCGAAAUCACCCUUUGGUCACUCAGAUGGUGGAGAAAUGGCUUGACCGUUACCGACAGAUCCGGCCCUGCACAUCCCUAUCUGACGGUGAGGAAGACGAGGAUGAUGAAGAUGAAUGA